UUGUCUCUUCAGAUUCGUUUUAUUUUUCAAUCGUUUCAAUUUCUAAAAAUUCUCCUCUUUCUCAACGCAAUCACCAAAUCCAAAUUUAGGGGUUUUUUUUUUCUCAUUCUUCGAUCGAUCUCUGGAAACUUGUUGAAUCGCGAAGAUGGCAUCAAACGGAUUCUUCUCUGCUCAAAGAAACGCACACCGUAACGCAAACGCUGGAACAACGUUGAAGAGACGAAUCGACAACAAUCGCGGUUACGGAAUCGGAGAUUUACAAGAGGAAAGGAACCGUUACGUGCCGCCGCAAAAACGUUUCAGAUCGCAAACGCAACCGCAAACGAAUUUCCGAUCUGGUCAUAUUCCUCUGUAUCAUCAUCAUGGUAGAAAUAAUAAUAACAUGUCUAGGGUUUCUUCUCAAUCAUAUAACAAUUACGGUGUUGAUGUGAUUGCUUCUAAUUCAAGUUUUCCAUUACGUAACAAUGAUUCUAACAUCAACAAUUAUCAGAAACCCUUUAUUGUUGGUUAUGGAAACCCUAAUCCCCAAAUUGUUCCUCUUCCAUUACCUUAUCGUAAGCUUGAUGAUGAUGAUUCGUUGCCUGAAUGGGUUCCGAAUUCAAGAACCCUAACUCCGAAUUUUGUACCAAACACUUAUGUUCAAAAUCCGAUGAAUCAUUCGAACAUGGUUUCAGUUGUGUCACAAACGAUGUCUCAUCAUCAACCAAUUGUUUUGAGCAAAGAAUUGUCUGAUUUACUUAGCGUUCUUAGGAAUGAGAAAGAGAAGGAAACUUCAGAAGCAAGUAAAAGUGAUUCAUUGCCCGUUGGAUUAAGCUUUGAUAAUCCAUCGUCGUUGAAUGUGCGACAUGAAUCUGUGAUUAAGUCUCUGUAUUCGGAUAUGCCGAGGCAAUGUUCGUCGUGCGGGGUUAGGUUUAAAUGUCAAGAGGAACAUAGCAAGCAUAUGGAUUGGCAUGUAAGGAAGAACAGGAUGGCUAAAACCACUAUGAGAUUGGGCCAGCAACCGCAGAAAUCGCGGGGAUGGUUGGUAAGCGCAUCUUUAGGAUGA